CUAUUAUAUAAAGUCAAUAAUAAGUCUUGAGUCUUUGAACGAUCUGCAAUAGAAGCAAAUAUAUUUACUUUAAAAACCAAAAUUUAUUGAUUGAAAAACAAAUUUAAAACCGAAAAAUGUCUUAUCUCAGAUGUGAAAACGUAUUAAUACAAGGACAACAUCAUAUUAAAAUAAAUCUGAUCGAUUUAAAUCAGAUUUUUACGCAACAACAAUUAAUUCAUAUGAUGAGACCACCACAACCGUUCCACCGAUCCGGUGAAGAAAUGAGAAGACACUCAGAUCAACAUCUGCACCUGCGUAUGCUCCACCAGCACGCACCACAAAUCCAACACCAUCCUCACCAAAAUGCACCACAAAUAGUUUGGCAACAACAACAUCUACCCAUACCACAUGGAUAUCCACAACCAUAUCCACAACCACAUCCACAACCACAACCCCAACCAAUUGUGCCCAUGCAGAAUCGACGAAUGUCAUUGCAGUUGCCAAAUAUACUGCAAGAGCAACAGAAAUUGCAAAAACAAGUUACCAAACACCAAGCGCAAAAGAGCGUGGUUAACCAAAGAAAACCACAGAAAACACCCACUAAAAAGUACUGGGAGAAAAAGCCUGAAGUUAUUCAAAACACCGGCCAUUGUGCCGCAAAUCCACAUGCAGUCGCUUCACCACUAAUUGACUACCCACUACUCAACUUCUCCAAGUCCGAGUUUGUAGAGUCUCUACGUCGUUACAUCAUCGCACCACAGCUAUUGCGCACCUAUGGCUUUCCCGUCGAAAGCGCUGUAGAAGAGGGAAAAAUCGUCAUUUAUAAAAAGGUGCCACGUCCCUUCUAUGCAAGGCAUACCAACGGCGACGACAAUGAGGACCCAAUUCGGUUGGAGCGACAAUUCGUGCCGAACAAGAAUGUAAUGGAGAAGCAAUGCGUACGCUGUGAAAGUACCUUCUCGGUCACAAGUGCUGGUGUAUAUGUAACCCGUGAGAAGUGCACCUUCCAUUGGGGUAAAUUGCUAAAAGUUCCUACCAGUUAUAACAAUUACAAAAUGCAAUACGCUUGUUGUGAGGGUAGCAAAGAGUCAGUAGGUUGCACCACAAAUUCAGUGCAUGUGUGGACCGGCGCUGUGCCCGGCAUUAAUGGUCCUUAUGCUGAUUUCAUACACACCCGGCAACAAUCCGACGAACCCAAGGUGUAUGCGCUCGAUUGUGAAAUGAGCUUCACUGGACGUGGAAUGGCUGUCACCAAAGUGACUGUGAUUGGCUUUGAUGGACAGUUGGUUUAUGAACACUUUGUGCGCCCCAUUGCUGAGAUUGUCGACUAUAAUACGCGUUUCUCUGGUGUAAGCGAGAGAGAUGUUUGUAAAUUUUAUAAUAAGGAUGUGAAGACACUCGGAGAGGUGCAGCGUGAUCUGCUGCAAAUAAUCGACGCCAAUACUAUAUUGAUUGGACAUGGUUUGGAGAAUGACUUAAGGGUGCUACGAUUGGUGCAUAAGACAGUUGUGGAUACGUCCAUUGUCUUUCCGCAUACCAACGGUUUUCCUUUCCGCAAUUCUCUUAAACAUUUAACAAAGACAUAUUUGAAUCGCGACAUUCAAUUAGACGGUCAGAGUCACGAUAGUUUAGAGGAUACUCGUGCCUGUUUGGCACUGAUGCUGUUUAAGGUUGCCACCGACAUGCAGCGCUCAUAA